CUCUCGGCCGCCUCCGCUCCUUCCUCUCCCCGCGCCGUCCGCCGCCGCCUCCUCCUGGCUCACCGCUGUUCGCUGGGCCCCGCGCCGCUCCUCGCCCGGGAAUAAGUCGGUCAGGAAGGCUCCGCAGCCGCCAUGGCGUUUAAAGAUACUGGCAAAGCACCUGUGGAACAAGAGGUAGCAAUUCAUCGCAUCAGAAUUACUUUGACAAGUCGCAAUGUAAAAUCACUUGAGAAGGUCUGUGCUGACUUGAUCAGAGGUGCUAAAGAAAAAAACCUGAAGGUGAAAGGACCUGUUCGCAUGCCCACCAAGACUCUGCGAAUCACUACCAGGAAGACACCUUGUGGUGAAGGAUCCAAGACCUGGGAUCGUUUCCAAAUGCGUAUCCAUAAGCGCCUCAUUGACUUGCACAGCCCUUCUGAGAUUGUGAAGCAGAUCACUUCCAUCAGCAUUGAGCCAGGUGUAGAAGUUGAAGUCACCAUUGCUGAUGCCUAAGUGAUGGUCAUCCUUGAAUAAAGCCGAUUUACAAGUUUUCA